CUCCCUUCCUCCCCACCCCGACCGCGCACGUGACCGGCAUAGGCGGUGGAUUGUUGACGCGCGUUGCCUAGCGACGGCCGGGGACGCGGGCGCCCGCCCCGCUCUUCUCGGCGGUCCGCGCCGUGGGACCUUGGCGGGCGGCUCAGGGGUCUGCAUUUUCCUUCUUGUCCAUUAUGGAUGGUGGUGGGGACAAAGUAAUGAAGAAAGUGGGCUCAAGCCCCUCGAAAUCCAUAGGUGACAGGUCCCCCCAGCAUGAGAAGACAGGCAACCAGCAGAUCUGCGACGGAUUCACUGUUAGAGCCAUGAUGAAAAACACAGUGGUUAGAGGGCCUCCACUUGCAGGAGCAUUUAAAGAAAGACCGGCAAAGCCCACAGCAUUUCGCAAGUUUUAUGAGCGAGGAGACUUCCCAAUUGCCCUUGAGCAUGAUACUAAAGGAAACAAAAUCGCUUGGAAGGUACAACUUGAAGAGCUGGACUAUCUUUACUGUCUGCCUUUGUUUUUUGAGGGGCUUUGUGAAAUGACAUUUCCAUGCGAUUUUUUUGCUCGUCAAGGAAUCCAUGACAUGCUGGAACACGGUGGAAACAAGGUCAUUCCUGUCAUUCCACGUCUCAUUACCCCAAUAAAAAAUGCACUGAGCCUUCGUAACCGACAGGUCAUCUGCAUCACGCUGAAAGUCCUCCAGCACCUGGUAGGCACGGUGGGGGAGGCCUUGGUGCCCUAUUAUCAGCAAAUCCUCCCAGUCCUAAACAUCUUUAAGAAUAUGAAUGUUAAUUCAGGCGAUGGGAUAGACUACAGCCAGCAGAAGCGUGAAAAUAUUGGAGAUCUGAUUCAAGAGACAUUGGAAGCCUUUGAGCGCUACGGUGGAGAAACUGCUUGUAGAAGGAUUAAACUCAUGAUCCCUACUUACCAGUCGUGCAUAACAUACUGAGUUGUAUCAAAUGCGAUGAUUCCACUUGUGUGCUAAAAAAACUGUAUCUGACUCUGUAUGGCAUCUUGUUAGUCAUGCUUUUUUUCUCUACAGCUGCUAAAAUAGUGGCUUCUGGGGCAUUAGAGUGUUAGCACUAUUGUGAACAAGGCUUUCCAAUAUAUAAAUAGUGCCUGUUCCUUUGAUUACAAUGGUGUACUGUGCUUGUUUGUUCCCUGAAAGAAUUGCUUCUUUAUAACAUAGCUGACUUGAGCAGGAAUCAGAGUUAAACCUUCACUUGUAUAGACAAUAAAACUAUAAUUUUCAUACGCAAUUCAGCAGUUGCUGUUCUGUGUCCGCUUGCCCCGAGGGUGAUGUCAGAGGCUGUAACAAGAAGAGUUUAUGCUGACUGCUUAAUAGGUGUUUGUCAUGGAAGAGAAACACCAGUUCAGCAAUGCCUCUCUAGCAGCUGUGCUGAAUAACGUGCACUGACAUACAAUAAAACUGUUGAAUGUAUAUACCAAUUAGAGCAGGAAAAUUUGUAUGGUCCGUUAUAAAACACUGUCUUUAAAUUAAUUCACAUUUCUUACACACUCCUGAUCUUGGCUUCCAGGUGUUUACCUUUUCAU